AUGAACAUUGACCUGCAAGUCGUCCUCAAUCGAUGUGUACCCAACCUCGAUCGAGCUCCCGAAUUCGAAGUGAAAUGGGACAGUGAGUAUGUGCAGGACCCUCGCUCAUGGCCUACAUGGUACAAGGUCUUCACCGUCACUACAGUCAGCCUCGGUGCCACCGUAGUCAGCCUGUUCAGCACUCUUUAUACCUCUGGGAUCCCCGGGCUGCAAGCAGAGUUUCACGUCUCCAAGCUCGUCGCGCUCCUGGGUCUCACCACAUACCUGCUCGGAAUGGCUGCAGGCAGCCUGAUCGUCGCGCCCAUGAGCGAAUCACUCGGCCGACGGCCGCUCUACAUCGCAUCCAUGGCAGCAUUUCUGGUGCUGGUCUUGCCGAGCGCCCUGGCUGAGAGCAUCACGACCAUCAUCGCCACUCGUUUUUUCGGAGGGUUCUUUGGUAGCACCAUGAUGUCGAACUCGCCCGCCACCGUCAACGACAUCGUUUCAGACAAGCACCGCGCACUUGCUUUAGGAUUUUGGUCCAUAGGCCCGGCGAAUGGGCCCGUCUACGGGCCGUUGAUCGGUGGCUUCGUCUAUCAAUACAUGGGCUGGAGAUGGACGAACUGGAUCGUCUUGAUCGUUGGAGGCGUGGUCUUUGUCUUGUUAGCCUCUGUGAAAGAGACGUACGCUCCCGUGUUGCUGAGGAGACGAGCCGCCGAAAGGUCCAAGGCAACCAGAGACAAUAGAUGGUGGACGCGCUACGAUCAUGGUCAAGGGCUCUGGCCAUUGCUGAAGAUCAAUCUAUACCGCCCACUCAAGAUGAUGUGCACCGAGCCGAUCUGCAUGUUUUGGAAUACAUACAUCGGCAUUGUUUACGCGACUCUCUAUCUCUGCUUCGUCGCUUAUCCGAUUGCAUUCCAGCAGGAACGGGGCUGGGCGCCAGGGAUCGGCGGGCUGGCGUUUCUGGGGAUUGGAUGUGGCACUCUCAUUCCCAUUGCGGCAGAGCCUCUUCUUCGCCGCAUCGUCAACCUUCAUCAGAAAGACCCGGCCACGGGCAAUGUCAAGCCCGAAGCCAGAGUCAGCGUCGUAUGUAUAGGUGCCGUCCUGUUAGCAGUUGGCCAAUUAUGGUUCGCCUGGACAUGCCGACCUGGAACACACUGGAUCGUUCCCAUCCUUGCUGGUGUUCCAUACGGUGCCGGAAACGCUUGCACUUUCAUCUACGCAAACAACUACAUGGCUCAGUCCUAUGGCAUCUACGCAGCAUCAGCGUUAGCAGGGAAUAUGGUGGUCAGAAGCAUAAUGGGCGCGUGUCUGCCGCUUGCUGGGCCAUCAAUGUAUGGGACGCUGGGAUUGAACUGGGCUGGGACACUGCUGGGUCUUGUUGAAAUGUUAUGCGUCUCUGUUCCGGUAGCCUUCUACUUUUAUGGCUAUAAGAUCCGUCAGGGGAGUCCUAUGAUACAAGAAAUUACUAAGCUUUAGAC